AUGUUCUUCUCUCGCCGGAAUCUAGCCCUUUUCAAUCCUCUUGCCACGGCGUUACAGAAGGAAGUCCUUAUUUCUUAUACAUAUGCUACUACUUGCACGGGGUUGCCUGAUCGAGUUGCACAAACGAUCACUUGGAGUGCUCAGAACAGUCAGCUUAAUUAUCUCCCGCUGAUCACCAUUGAUCAGCUUGAGGCCCGAUCGUGCUAG